UUACACCGAUUCUGUUGCAAAACUUUUCGUAAACGGUACGAGGACGAGACCUACCUGAAUGUGUCCAAUAGAAACUCUUGUUUUUGUUGCAAAACGCAACUUUUUGGACUAAUGGUUACACCCAGGUGAGGAAGAGGCGGUGUGCUUCUGAACAGACUAUUAGACCAACAAUACGAAAGCCUCCUCUGGAAUAGCCUACAGACGCUGUCAUGAUCGGCAACUAGAGAAGUCCAGUCCAUUUCAGCGCAGGCCGUUUUUAUAAAGAGACUACUAAGUUUUUAGAGAUUUACAUUUGCUAUAUGCCUGUAAGAGUACUGUAGUGCAGGAGAGUACACCGCCAUAUGUUACCUUAGUGCUGCGUAGGCACAAUGAUGAGCUCCGACGCGCUCCGGCCGACACAGAACUCCGGGCGCAAAGCGCUUGGUAAACUCGCCAGCAGGUUAGAAGAAGUGAAGAACCCAUGGCGACAAGGUUCGACGCUCGAACUCAGCCACAACGAGGCGGCCAGGUUGGCAACCGACGCUCUGUUGGAGUCUGGGGAGAAGGAAUACAGACGAGUUCUGACAGAGGAAAGGGAAUUAAAUUUUCUCUCGCCGCUUGAGAUUCAUUAUAUUACGGAGAAUGCAGCCAAGAACUGUAGCUCCGAAAACAUCUCAAAUGGCACGGAGGGGGACAUUGGGGAGGGGGAUACGGUGUCGGAGCUUACCUCGGGGACCUAUUUCCCAAUGAUGUCCGACGAAGAGCCACCUAUUCUGGAACUAGGGUGGCCAGAAAACCCCCAACGAUACGGACCCUCAGAAACACAGAUCUAUUUCCAAAGGGACAAGACUCACAAUGUGAAAGACCUCAUUCGGUCGUUAAUUAAUAAAGCAAAAAGGGUCAUAGCGUUGGUCAUGGACCUCUUCACAGACGUUGAUCUGCUGUGUGACUUGAUGGAGGCCUCGAACAAACGCAAGGUCCCUGUGUACAUUCUUCUGGAUGAGAAGAAUCUCAACUACUUUGUUGACAUGUGUGCAGCACUGGACAUCCAGAACUCUCACCUGGGUAACAUGAGAAUCCGCAGUGUAUGUGGAGAUACAUACUGCACUAAAAGUGGGAAAAAAUUCACCGGGCAGGUCCAGGAAAAGUUUAUGAUUAUAGACUGUGAGGAAGUCAUUGCUGGGUCAUACAGUUUCAGCUGGCUCUCAGCGCAGGUCCACAGCAACAUGGUGAUGCACUUCUCUGGGCAGAUCACUGAGAGCUUCGACCGAGAAUUCCGCUGCCUGUACGCUGACUCUCAGAUCAUUGACUGUUUCCAUAACCCAGAUGAAGAGGGUCUCUCUUACUACCCCUACCCUGUUACUGCGCCCAACAUGGGGCUAGACUUCUUCCCCGAGAGGUCACGGGAUAGGGAGAGGGUUCUGAGUUCAGAGAACUCCAGCAGCCAAUCCAGUUGCAGCAUGUCCAGCAUCAAGGCAGCACCUGGCAUGACCAAUACGGUUUACAAGGUCACUCAAGGUCAUGACAAGAAAGAGACCAGCAACUCUCACCUGAGCCCUGAGAGGAGAGGAGGGGCACUAACUACCUCCCUUCAUAAUCAGACUGCCCAAGGCACAAGAGGCUCCCCCAAUGAGACCAAUCACAGCCCAGUUACAGAGCACGCUUCCUCUGGGAUCGGCCAAUCGGUCGGGAUGGAGUGGUCCAAGUCCAUCCCCACAGAGUUCCGCCAACCAAACGUUGGCGGAACAACGUCCAAGUUUCAGACUCUUGGUUUAUACGACCAAAAGUCAAGCCUCUUCAACAGUAGCCCCAAGACACAGUCUCCAAUGCCGGACAGCAAACUCUCUGCCAAGCAGAGGACUACCUCCAACCCCGUCCUCAACAAGCUCACCGACCUCUUCCUCCCCCCAACCAAGAAGGACUUCCUCCACCCAACUGAGGACACCUACAUCUUCAGGAGGUCUCCUUCUCACAGCACAGCCUUUGGGGGGCCAGACCUCUCCCAGACAGAGCCGGAGAGCGAGCAGACUCCCCCGCCACCGCCCCCCAUGAUAAACCGGAAGGACCAGAAACGCAUGACCUUAGGCCACAGCAAACUUGACCUGGUCAACCACUACAACAAAAUGAAGUCCAAACAGGUGUACAGCAGGUUUGAGUUAAAGAAUAACAACUGAGGCUCUGCUGAGAAAGUACUUUACCUCCCCUACCCCCAUCGCACUGGACCUCCAGGAAGCAGAGCACACCUUUUUGCCUUUUGUAGAGAACAUUAUAGCGGAGUGGCAUUUUGUACCUUAAUGGCCCGAUAGGAGUUUAGAGGAGGGUAGAGUACAGCCUGAAUUAGCCUGUUUACACUGAGUUGUAGUGAUAGCUUUUUAGCAUUUGCAUGUAGACAUUGAAGCUGUGGCGGUCCUGCCAAUAAGUGACAUGACACAUUUUGCUGAGGGUCCCCAAAAUGCUAGGGCCGGCCCUUCAUUCAAUGACUGCGUAUUGUGUUCUUAUUUCUGUGUCUUUCACUAGCCAGUAUGGCUUUAAUGAUUUAAUACUGUAUGAAAUGGGGUUUUUAAGAUGUGUUUUUACUUUUGAUCACACCUACACAUUCCAGGGUUGUUCUUUAUUUUUACUAUUUUCUAAUGUAGAAAAUAGUACAAAUAAAGAAAAAACCUUGAAUGAGUAGGUGUGUCCAAACAUUUGACUGGUACUGUAUAUCUAUACGUUUAAGUUAGUCAUAUAGGAUGAUUUGGUGCGAAAAUUAAAAGGGACUUCAUCAAAGUGAGGAUAUUAAUAGUGAGAUGUGCAAUGACAUUUUGUUUCAAUAUUUUAUUUAUUUAAUUAAAAUAAUAUACUUGAUUGAGAAAAUGAAUACUGUUUUAGACAGGGUAGCUGUGGUUCUGAUGUAGUUGUUGAGCUCAAUGUGAACUUUAGUUUUAACCAUCGAUCAUGUGUAAAAAGUAGAAUAGCAUGUUUUUGUGUUGUGCCGGGCAUACACUACACGACUUUCCAACAUUGCUGAGCAUGUUUUUGUGUUGUGCCGGGCAUACACUACACGACUUUCCAACAUUGCUGAGCCGCACACAUUAAACAACCGUCCUUCCUCUAGUUUUUUGUCUUGCCAACGUAAUGUUACGCACACUAAACUAUGUGGGACAGACGGUGGUAGGGGUCAAACACUACAAUAUUCUUCACUUGCCACGCUGUCUCGUGAAAACGAUGUGGUUUAGAUUGUUACCGUAACUAGAACGAGCUGUGGUUCAAAGCAGCCUCAACACAUUUUCAGUCAGAUAUUCACGCUUGCCAUACAAGUUGAAAUAUCUAGCCAAACAUUUUAAAUUGAUUUACAUUGUCUGUGAACUUCAGAGCUAUAAUUAUUUGACACUAACUUUGGUUAAAAGUAAGUAUAAACGCAUACUAGUAGUAGUCAUCACUAACGCGACACGUCUUCAUCUCACUGGCAUCUUCUUUGGCAAGCUCUCAUUGGCUAUUGCUGAUUACUGUUCUCAAAACUUGUCGUUGCACAUCUCACACUACAAGAGCAUUGCAGAUUUUGUGCGAAUAAAAUUAAACGCUUGAAAAUAUCGGGAUGGCUCAAAGACUGGAUCAGUAUCAGUAGCUCUCAGAUUUCGGUAGCCCUCAGACGGCCGCGCUCCCCGAGUCGGCAACGACAGGAGACAAAAUCCCAAUAUCUCAAGAACUUGUCUUGGACAGCUAAAUCGCACCAAAAUCAUGUAGUGUACGCCCAGCUUUAAAGGUGCAAUAUGCAAAAAUCUCUGCAAUUUCCUGAUUGUUAAACUGAAAUUAGGCAAACUAAUUGAAUUGUAUGUGACAAAACAAGCAAUGCAUAAUGUAUAGAAUCAUUGUACCAUCUAAACCACUGUGAAAUAUAUUUUCCAGAACCAAAUAUAUUGUAUUUUCAGCACUUUGAAGCUGGUGAAUGGGAAGCGUAGAAAUAGCGCACAUAGAGCAGAUCUACUGCUUCUUAGACUUGCUUUCAAUGAGAAUGACAGAUCUACAACUCACCUUUCUAUGUGAAUUUGGUCAGGUCGCCCAAAAGGUUAUAUAUUGCAGCUUAAAGAUAUGAGUUUGCAAAUUAAAUAUGUGAACUAGAGUUAGAACUGUUACAAGGGCUAAGAUUAACUGAUUACAGUUUUACUGAAAAUAACAAUUUGCAAUAAAGCUCUUUUUGAUUGGA